AUGGAACAAUAUAAAUGCAACGAAAGUUUUUCGCAAAAAAGUGAUCUGACUAAACACAGCCGUGUUCACAGUGGUGAAAAACCUUAUUCUUGUAGUUUAUGUGAUCAGAGUUUUUCAUACAAGAAUCAUCUGACUAAGAAGAGUUGUGUUCACACUGGUGAGAAAUCUUAUUCCUGCAGUAUAUGUAAUAAGAAGUUUUCGCAAUUAAGUAAUUUGACUGAGCAUUUUCGUAGUUUUUCACGAAAAAGUUAUCUGACUAAACACAGUCGUGUUCACACUGGUGAGAAACCUUAUUCUUGUGCUGCAUGUAGUAAGAGUUUUUCAUGUAACACCUGA